CCAAAGAAAUAAGUUUGUGAGGAAGGACCGAUCAGUUCUUCCAGCGAGUCUAUAGGUGAAGAGAUCAGAGUACGUGGCCACCAUGACCAAGAUCAAGACUUCGGGGGACCAGAAGCACCGCGCCGACGAGGCGAAAAUUGUCAUAGUCAGCCCUGCCGAGACAGCCGAUGAACGCGCCAACAUGGCGAUGCUGUCCAGGAGCUCUCUGAAGAACUACAUUGCUCUCUUGGCCGCCCUGAGUGUACUAUUUUGUACGUUGUCAGUGCUCUUCAUAUUAACUGGCUCGAGUGACGUUCACUAUACCAAAAUCAUGGUCUACGUGAAGAACUACUUCGAUGUCUCUCAACCUCCAAAUUCCACGCAACAAAUCUCAAUUCUGUCUGAGAUCCGAAGAAACCCUCAUGCGCUAUCCGACGAAUUCAUUCAACAAGUCAAUGACAAGGCUGAUCAUUGGGAGGCUGGUCGCAACUUCCCCACCUCGACGUCCAUGCGCGUGCUCAGGAGGAUGAUGGGGGUCAAGGAGGAGCCCCAAUUUCAAGGCUCUUCUUCUGCACACAAACUCCCAUUGAAAGUCUACAGCGGUAAUAUCUCCGGCCUCCCUGCCGAGUUCGACGCGCGGCUACAAUGGCCGGACUGUCCAUCACUGAGGGAGAUCCGCGACCAGGGAGGCUGCGGCUCGUGCUGGGCCUUUGGUGCCGUGGAAGCUAUGACCGAUCGUCACUGCAUUGUCCAUAAGACUCAAUUCCAUUAUUCCGCCGAAGAUGUGCUUUCUUGCUGUCUUAAUUGCGGUGCAGGAUGUAGUGGAGGUUUUCCAUCGGAAGCUUUCAGCUUUUGGCGAGAUGAGGGCAUCGUUUCAGGAGGAAAUUUUGAUUCAAAGUCGGGAUGCAUGCCUUAUGAGGUCCCUUCUUGCGAACACUACAUUGAUGACCCCCGACCGAAUUGUGAAGAUGCCUACACUCCAGAGUGCUCCCAUUCGUGCAUCCCGGAAUACAAUUCCUCGUAUGCAAACGACAAACACUUCGCUAGUCAGGUAUAUUAUGUGGAAUCCGAAGAUCAAGCUCUCAAAGAUCUUGUAGAACACGGACCUCUGGUAGCAACGUUCGAUGUUUACGAAGACUUUUUGAGCUACAAGUCAGGCGUUUACUAUCACGUGCAUGGAGAUUGUUUAGGAAGUCAUGCUGUGAAGCUUAUCGGUUAUGGAGUGGAAAAUGACAUCCCUUACUACCUCUGCGCCAACUCUUGGAACUCCGACUGGGGUGACAAUGGUUUCUUCAAGAUCAGCCGAAAUGAAAUUAUCGGCAACAUGUACUCUGGUCUCCCGUAGCCAGUUCCCGCCGCAUAGUUUUUUUUACUCUAUUGUAUAGAGUAUUCUUAGGAGAACCAAUUUUUUUCAAAAUCACUUGAAAUAAAUUCCAUUAACCGUUAUGCUAUACGGUCAUGCGAGCGAUGUUGGCGUAUGCGGGCAGAAUGGUCGGUUUGACGUCUGAUUGAAAAACUUCUGCAUAAACAUGAUUUUGCUGAAAGGCAGGACUUUCUUCAUUGUAGAAGUAUUGAACUGAGACCUGUAAAGUAUAAGAUAAUGUUCUUAGAAAAAUAUUUAAAAAUACGAAUCACAUUCACAAUGUCUUACACGAGCCUAACGUUUGAACUUUUAUUAAGAAUUGAAAUGUAAAGUUCGUAAAUCACCCAGAUCUGCUCUAACGAGUUCAGAUGGGAAGUUUAGAAUAUGUACUCCACAUUAAGUUUCCCACAAUAUUAUUGAAUCCAAUAAAUAUUCGGUUAUGCGGAUGACAAGCGUUCGCUUCUGCAGCGCAAGUUUGGGACGAGACCAUUUGGAUCAUGUAGUGUGAAAUAAAAUUAAUAACAAUAUUUUUGAGCAUCUUAAUGUGUUUCCUUUGCUUGCAUUAAGCUUCGUUAGUCCACUAAUAAAAUAUAAUUUUUACAUCGA